AGGUGGCACUCGUCCGUACGAGGGGCUGAACAUGAAGGCUACCUGCAGUCACAACCAUUUCAGACUUUGUAUACUGUGGUGUUUGUUUGUGCUGCACAUAUCCACGCGUGUGGACGCAAGUAUCGCCUCUCCGUCACAUUUUGGCGUUGCAUCAACAGAAGAUCGCCGAAAUCGACGCCCAAAACAGAGGAACUCACGUCACAGACCUCUCGCAGAAAGCCAAAGUGAAGACGAAAUUAUGCGACUGAUGUUAAACUUAUACAGGACAGCGGCGGAUCCAGAUGGAAGACCAAAGCAGCACAAGUUAUUUGGGUCCAACACUAUGAGGUUGCUGCAAGCGUCCGCCGCUGAAAAGCACUUUUUCGCAACGUCAAAUGACCUCCAGUAUACCUACACUGUGAAAUAUGAACUGAAAAACCUCUCCUUGGACAAACUGCUGAGGGCUUCUUUUAUGCACCUGAGGUCUCCUCUGUCAUCCCAUCUUCCUUUGAUCUGUAAGGCUAGUGUCACCUCUCCAAAUCUUCCUGAGGGUAAGCAUGUCACUAUGGGUCAUCGAAGCAUAUGGACUGAAUCAGAUGUCACAAACCAUGUGUCCCGGUCAAAGGGUGGCCACAUCUCCCUCUUUGCCCAUUAUCAAUGCACAAUAUCUGACCAUGCCAGGUCAGUUGUAAGACCUUUUGCACAGAGAAAACGUUUCCCACCUCAAAACCAUCUCAGAGCUCCUGUUUUACUGCUCUUCUUGGAGGAGAACAAGGAAAGCAUGGAGUGGAUGAAGUAUUUCACACCCCUUUCCCCCCCUAUCACGAAGACCCGCCGGUCUAGGGCGCUCGGCAGCAUCGUUUCUGACAUCCCCAAUUACAAGCAAGGGCCAAACAGCGUGGCCAAAAACCAGUGCAAGCUGCAUUCCUACCGUGUGGCCUUCAAAGACCUUGGAUGGGACCACUGGAUAAUUGCACCCCACAAGUACAAUCCUCGUUACUGUUUGGGAGACUGCCCGCGUAUUCUCCAUUACGGCUACAAUUCGCCCAACCACGCAAUCAUGCAGACAUUCAUCAGCGAGCUUGGAGUUGCAGAUAUCCCAUUGCCUUCUUGUGUUCCAUACAAAUACAAGCCUAUCAGCGUGCUAAUGAUGGAGAGGAAUGGAAACAUAGUUUAUAAAGAAUAUGAAGACAUGAUUGCAGACUCCUGCACCUGCAGGUGACUUUGGGCUCGGGCCUGACUAAGAAAAUAAAUGAAUAGUGCUAAAGGACAAUGUGAAUGCUUUGUACAAGCACUAUUAGUGAACUAAUCUGAAUGGGAUGGCAUGCUUUGCUUUCUCCAUUUUGAUUGCCUGUUGGCUUUUCUUGAGCAUUAUAACAAAUUCAAACAGCGAGGUAUCGGUGAGACAUUUGAAGUUCAAAUCAAUUCAGUCUCAUCUCUCACUCCGCAACCAACUUUUUGGGGGUGUAGGUGUCAAUAAGUGGAUCCCGAAAGGUUUUUGGGCCUGUUAAAUGAAUAAGCUACAAUUGUGUAAUUUUCCUUUUCUUUUUUACUCUUUUUGUCUUUGUUUGUUUGUUUUUUUCUUCUUUUUCUAUGUAUGUGUUUCUCUCUAAAGUCUAUUAAUAUGGCAUCUUUCAUAAUGUAUUGAUCUAGGAUGUUUUGGCACUUUAUUGAAGACACUAGCUGAAAAGUCUGUCCUAAGAAAUAAGGAAAAUGGGGGAAAAAUAAUAGGAUAAGAAAAGAGGAAAAAAAACAAAAAACACAAGAGCUCCCUGUCAUUGACUCUAAAGGUCAAGCCAUGGAGUUUGGCUGAUCUGACUUUUCAGAAUGUUGCUCUUUCUCUCAUUUCUGCUGAAACUGUUGCUUCUUUCUGAAAAGACUCCUUUUGCCCAUUUUGGAUGGAGGGCAUGGCUUUUGAAAGCAAGGGGAGAAGAGGAGCAGUUGCCAAUUUUGCACUACCUCAGUGGAUACAAGACAUGCAGUAAGUUUAUAAAAGAGACUUCUAUGAAUUUAUUUCUUAGAAAUGAACAUCUAUGCUAUUAAAUUAAAAUUUUAAUGUCAUGAUGAAAGAUGAUGUAAUAAAGUGGUUUUGUAAAAAAAAAAAAAAAAAAAUAAGCAAUGUGUGUGGUUCAAUAACUUAAAACAUGGAUUGGAUUUAAUUACAAUUGGUCAGUAGAGGACACUCUUUCCCAGCCUUUUAAAGUUUGAAGUCCUUUUGAAGUCUGCAGGGAUGGUAGUCUGAACUGGCGUCUAACUAGCAUUAUCGCUGAUGUUGUUGAGCUGGCUAUUGUAAAAUGUGGGUGAAAGUUUAUUCAGAGGAGACUUAUUCAAGUGUUCAACCUCUAUCUAUCUAAUGUGAGGACAAGAUAUUGACAUACUGGAGAAAUGUCUUGAAAAUCCUUAAUAUUGUGUCAGGCUUUAUGGAAAAUUAUGUUCAGAUUCUUAAAAAAAUAUGCAUGUGUAAAGCCUGUUGUGUAACAGAAGUGAAUUUUUAAACUAGUAACG